AUUCAUAGCAAUAGUAGUAGUAGAGAAGAGAUGAGAGAUGAACAGAGAAAAGAGAGAGAGAGUAAAGGUUUAGAUUGCAGGUAGCACUGGGAACAAAGAAAUGGGUCCAUUCUCCUACUAAUUAUAAGCUUUUUGGCGCAACGACACGAUCCGGGUCUGCCGCUUCAUCACCACCUCUAUCUCCUCGCCCAUCUUUCUUUCUUUCUUUCUUUUAACCACUCUCAUCUUUCCUUUCCUUUGAUCUUUAUUUGGCAUACAACCAAAUUAAUUUGGUGAAAUGGAGGAUCACUAUGGAAUGCCGGAUCUGAGGCAGUUCAUGAGCAACACCUCCCUCUUCACUUCCAUUCCGCCGCCGCACACGGCGGACAUACUCUCCGCCCAUCACUACGAGAUGGCGGUGAUGGCCCCCGUGGUGGUGGCGCCGCCGCCUCGCCCGGGACUGCCGCACCACGACUUCCUUGCUGAUUCCAGCGCUAAUACCACCACCGCUAGCGGCGGAAGUGGCGGCGCUGGGUUUAGCGGGCUGGAACUGGAAACCGGCGGCGGCGGCGGCGGAAGCGGGCGGUGGCCCCGGCAGGAAACGCUCACCCUUCUUGAGAUCCGAUCACGGCUUGAUUCCAAGUUCAAGGAAGCUAAUCAGAAAGGCCCCUUGUGGGAUGAAGUCUCCAGGAUUAUGGGCGAGGAGCAUGGGUAUCAAAGGAGUGGGAAGAAAUGCAGGGAGAAAUUCGAGAACUUGUACAAGUAUUACAAGAAGACUAAAGAAGGCAAAGCAGGAAGACAAGAUGGGAAGCACUAUAGGUUCUUUCGCCAGCUCGAAGCUCUCUAUGGUGAAACCAGCAACAAUAAUAAUAACCACCAACAACCCGGCAACACUUUCUACUGCAACAAUAAUGUCGUCCUAGGAAACCAUGGCCACCUCGGAGGGAACAAGCUCUCCGACAGCCUUAGCCUCUCCGAAAACUCCUCUGAUUUCGAAUCCACCUCGUCCGGGGACAGCGAACUCAACGGAGGGGAAAAGGGGAAGAAGAGAAAGGGGAGGAGGAGCUGGAAGUGCAAGAUAAAGGACUUCAUAGACCAGAAAAUGAGAAAACUAAUGGAGAAACAAGAAGCCUGGUUGGAGAAAAUGAUGAACACGAUUGAACAGAAAGAGAAAGAGAGGAUGGUAAGAGAAGAAGAAUGGAGGAACCAAGAAAUUGGCCGUAUGGAGAAGGAACAGAAAUUCUGGGCUAACGAGAGAGCCUGGAUCGAAGCUCGCGACGCAGCUUUAAUGGAGGCACUCCACAAAAUAACUGGGAAAGAAAUACCAAAAGAUAAUAAGAUUGAGGACCAAAACUGGCCAGAAGGCGAGACCAUGAAGCUAAUACAGCUUAGGACUAAUAUGGACUCAAGAUUCCAGCAGCACAUUGGGUGCUCAGAUGAUGUUCUCUGGGAAGAAAUUGCCAGCAAGAUGUCUUGUUUGGGGUACAAUGGGAAUAAUAAUAUUAAUGCAGCCAUGUGUAGAGACAAGUGGAUUAGCAUCAACAGUUACCUCAUUAAAUGCAACAACAACAAGAGAAGGAAAGAAAGCCCAGCAAAUUUUUUCACCCAUCAUAACUUCCAGAUCAACAACAAUGGAGGAUCAUAUUCUGCAGAACAGCCUGCACCCAAUCACCAUAGCAAUACCUCACCGAACCAUGGCGGUUUUAGGUUCUUGAUGGGUGACAGUGCUGAGAAUUUAUGGGAGAAUUAUGUGUUGAAACCAAGCAAAGGGGGAGACAAUAAUUGACCAAUAGGUAAUUAAGGUUGUGUAACAUAUAUUGUAUUUUCAAUGCUGAAGAGAAGAUGGAUCAAAGAUUGUGUUAGAUUGGAUUAAGGUAAGUCUUCUUGGUUUUCAAUUUCAUCAUAGGAAGAUCUGUGUUUCUUUAUUAAGGUUGGCCAGGGCAAUUUCAUCAUGUUCUCUUCCUUCUUAUUAUUUUGCUAAUCCUAGAAUUUGGGUUUCCUUUUUCUUUAUGCUUAGAAAAAGAAUAUGUAGCCAUAUAGGGCUUGACUUUGAAAGACUUAAUAGCAUGAAAAGAGCAUAAUGUGUUCA